CUGCAGCGCGUCUGUCUUUGGAGCUCCGCCCUCCCUGCGCACUCCGCGGCCCGCCCAGCGCCCGCUAACUCCCGAUCCAGCCCUGCCCGAGUCUGGGGGAAUCCGACGGCCUGCCUGCCCGGGGAAAAUCUGGAGGCCGCCCCGCGCGUUGAUCUAUGUUGUGCCGUGGCCAAUGAAGAAUAAAGACGAUGGAUGAGGAGGUGACAAGGCUUGCUCUCCGUUCCCAAGAGCCAAAGAUUAUACUGCAUGGCUCAGAUGAGGGAGGUGCUGGAGAGGAGGAGUAUGUGGUGGAGCUGCAGGAGACGGUGCUGGUGUCUGAAGUGGAGGGGGAGGGGGCGUCCGUGCAGGGCUUCUCCUCCGACGAGCUCGUGAUCCAGGAUGCAGUGGAGGACGUGGUUGCUGAGUACGUACACUGCGAUGACGACGAGGGCGUUGCCGUGGAGACCUGUGUGAUGUCUCUGGAGGGUGAGGAGGAAGAGGAGGAUGGCGUUGCCAUGGCAGAGAUGACCGAGGAUGUUUUGGUGGCGGAGGGGAGGGAGCAGGACGGGCUGGACCCAGAACACGACUCGGACAGCUGCGGAGACUACCUGAUGAUCUCCUUGGACGAUGCAGGUAAGAUGGUGUCAGGAGACGGAGAGGAGGUGACGGUAGAGGGGGCGAUAGAUGACCAGGAGGUGGAGAAAGACGAGGACGGACAGGAAGUCAUUAAAGUUUACAUCUUUAAAGCAGACUCGGGAGAGGACGACCUUGGAGAGACAGUGGACCUCGGUGAGAAUGAGGCAGUCGCUCUGGCUGAGCCUGUGGUUCGGCCGCUGAGAGAGAAGAUGGUCUACAUGUCUGUGGGAGACGGUCAUCAUACACAGACUGAUGGAGGGUCUAAGCUCUCUGAUGAGGUGUACAUGGAGGUGGUGGUUGGAGGCGAGGAGCCGGUGCCUCAUGACAGGCCGUAUGACGGCACCGCCCUGAGCAAGGACUUCAUGCCUGUUGCGUGGGCAGCUGCAUACGGUGCGGAUGAGGGCUGUGAGAACCGUAACGGUGCUGCAAGCGCGUUACUGCACAUUGACGAGUCGGAUGCACUGGACAAACUCAACCGGCAACACGGCAAGAACAAGAGACGAGCUGAACCCCGACAGGUCCAAACAGCGAUUAUCAUCGGUCCGUAUGGACAGCCUCUGACCGUCUACCCCUGCAUGCUGUGCGGUAAGAAAUUCAAAUCCCGCGGCUUCCUGAAGCGACACACUCGCAACCAUCACCAGGACGUGUUGAGUCGCAAAAAGUACCAGUGCACGGACUGCGACUUUACCACCAACAAAAAAGCCAGUCUGCACAACCACAUGGAGGUCCACGCGCUCAGCAACAAAGCGCCGUUUGAAUGUGAAACCUGCGGUAAAGAGUUCCACCAGCAAGCGGCGUUGUUCUCGCACCGUCUCCAGCACCACCACCGCGAACAGAAAGCGCCCACGGCCAUUGCGUCGCCGCUUCCUCCUGCCGCCGCGACCAAGACGCACAAAUGCAAGUUUUGCGAUUACGAGACUGCUGAGCAAGGGCUGCUCAAUCGCCACCUGCUGGCUGUGCACAGUAAGAGCUUCCCGCACAUCUGCGUGGAAUGCGGCAAAGGUUUCCGCCAUCCAUCGGAGCUAAAGAAACACAUGCGCACACACACUGGCGAGAAGCCGUACUCGUGCUUGUACUGCGAUUACAAAUCGGCCGACUCGUCCAACCUGAAGACGCACGUGAAAACAAAGCACAGCCGCGAGCUGCCGUUCCGCUGCGAGCGCUGUGGCCAGACCUUCGCCGAGGAGGACGAGCUGGCGCAGCACGCUGCAACACACGAGGACGCUCGCGGACACCAGUGCAGCCACUGCGAGCAUCGCAGCUCCAACUCCAGUGAUCUGAAACGGCACGUCAUUUCCGUGCACACAAAAGACUACCCGCACAAGUGCGCCAUCUGCGGGAAAGGCUUCCACCGGCCAUCCGAGCUUAAGAAACACUCUGCAUCGCACAAAGCCAAGAAACUGCACCAGUGCCGCCACUGCAACUUCAAGAUCGCCGACCCGUUCGUACUCAGCCGCCACAUCUUGUCCGUUCACACGAAGGAACAGCAGCAACCGCCACAACAACCGACUCCGCCCACUUCGGAGUCGCCACCACCGCAAGCCCCGCCCACAGAAAAGAGUGCCCCCAAGAGGACUAUAGGGGCGGCGCAAUUAGCAGCGCCCACUGUAAAGAAAGCUGGUGGUGCCAAGGGUCCGCGGGAAAGGCGGGUGUAUCAGUGUCAGUAUUGCGACUACAGCACGGGAGACGCGUCUGGCUUCAAAAGACACGUUAUUUCCAUCCAUACUAAAGACUAUCCUCACCGCUGUCAGUACUGCUCGAAGGGCUUCCGGAGGCCUUCGGAGAAAAACCAGCACAUUAUGAGACACCAUAAAGACAUGGUGCCCGCAGAAUGAGCACCACCUUUUCCUCCGCUCACUUCCAUAAAGACACUAAACAACCAUUGAUUCGAAAUCCCUCAUGUUAGGAACCUCUUACAAAGACCUCUCAUGCAUAGCAGUGCGUGUGUGUUGUGUCUGUAUGCGAGAGUGUGCAUAUGAACAUGCUUUAUGCUUAAUGAUCACAUGGUCUGCAGUCUUAAAGGAACAGUUCACCCUAAAAAUUUAAGGGGUCAUCAUUUACUCGCCCUCAUGUUGUUUAAUACCUGCAUGACUUUCUUUCUACUAUUAUAUUGUUUUAGUAUUUCAUAAAACACAUUAUUAGGGGUCAAGCCCCGAAGGGGUGAAAUUUGGCACACAGAUAGAGGACAGUCUGAAAUGUUACCAUAGCAAAUUUGGAGUCUCUACCUCAAACCCUCUAGCGCCACCAACAGUUCACAAAAAUUCACUCAUGUUUAUGCUCAUAACUUUUGACGCGUACGUCUUAGAAACAAAAUUAUUUUCCUCUUUUUCCUCUGAUUCCAUGGUUUAUGCUUAUUUGAAUGCACCCUAUGUCAUUUCAAUCAUGAACAUUUUUCUGCCAUUUUGAAUUUUUCUGAAAAAACUACUUUUUCAAACUCUUCCUAGAGUGUUUCUCCAAUUUGCAUGAAAUUUGGUAUGUAGCAUCUAUUCACAAUCCAGGCAAAAUGCUAUUAAUAGAUUUUUGAUCGGCCAAUUCGUCCUCGUAUAGCGUGCCAACGAAUUUCGCAGUCAUUUGGUGUAUUGACACCAAACUUGGUAUGUCAUUACAGGCAUGACUUGAGGGUACAUGCACAGUAUCGUCACAGUGCCACCUACUGGUGCUAAGAUAGGAAAAAUGGCUAUUUUGUUUAUAACUUUUGAAUGCCUCAUCCUAAAAUCAUGAGGCAUGCCGAGUUGAACGUUAUCCAAUUUUCUUUGGUCGGCCAUUUUGGGCGUCGGCCAUUUUGAAUUUUGUCAUAAAAUGCUGUGUUUUACGAACGCAUGAACAUAUCGUUACAAAACUCAGUAUGAUUCAUCGAGGCCAUGUUCUGUGAGGACCUGUAAAGUUUUAGGUCAGCGCCCCCUAGUGGCCAAGAGAUAUAAUGAAAUUUAUGAAAAUGCUUAUAACAUGAAAAAUUCAACAUAUUGUCAUUUAACUUACAUCAUUAGAUCUGUUGGCUUAUGCCGAUACCUACGAUACCACAUUUGCCAUAUUCUAUUGAAUUUUAUUCAAAACCUAGUACCGCUGUUUUAUACUGCGUCAACAAAUUUGACUGCGAGCACGCCAAAAUGGAUAUGCAGCUGUAUCUUUGAAAAAGUUUUGUGCGUUGACACGAAACUUGGUACGUGUCAUCACAGGCAUGACUUGAGGGUGCAUGCAAAGUUUCGUCAUAGCGCCACCUACUGCUCAGAAGUUAUAAACCAUGUUAUUAUGUAAUAAGUGCUUUAACUUAUGUAAUUUAAACAGCUUUAUCCUAACCUCAUGAUCACAGAUGUCCACAAGUAUUUCCUUUUCUUCCCUUAUUUGGCUUGACCCUGUAAUUGCUGCUUGCAGCUAUAUUUAUAAUUGUCAUUAUAAUAAUGUAUUAUAAAUAUUAAACAUUUCUUAUCAUAAAUGCUCUGAAAAUAGUAGUCCACAUGACUUGUGCACUAUAUUGCAGAUCUUCUGAAGUCAUGAUAUAUUUUUUUGUGAGGACAACCCCAAAUUUAAGGUGUUAUGCACUGAAAUUUUCCCCUCCACUGUAGGAAAUAAAAGCGCAUACAACAUGAGGGUGAGUAAAUCAUGACAUUUUCUUUUGUUUUGGGUGGACUAUUCCUUUAAUUUUUAGAUGUUUUAUGUUUGAUUUUGUACCUUAACAGAUGAAACUAAUAUGUACAUCCAGCCUCUGAAAUCAGGUUCAUAUUCCUGAAGCAUUUUUGAGUGUUGCAUUCACUCAUAACUAAAAUCCUCUGAGCGAAUAAACUCUCUGAAAUGCUUUUUAAAUAUAUAGGACCAUGCAAUGGAUAUCUCACUCAGUCUUGCACUUUACUAGCAUGUCCAUCUGCUUUAUAGCUGUUUUAAAACAUGGACGUGGUCAGAUGACACCAGGAAAUGUUUUUAAUGAUCAGAAAAAUGUUGGAAAGGUACCAUAGGCACUAAAAACAGUCUUAUUUUGCAAUGUUAUUAUGAUCAGGACAGGGUAAUAGGGAAUGUCUGGUCUCUCAAAACCUCUGAUCUGCUGAAGACUCAUACAACAACAUCUGUAAUGACUAAUAUGUUUGAAAGGAAUAGUUCACCCUAAAAGUGAAAAAGUCAUUUACUCACAUGCAUGUCGUUUUUUUUUCCCUCUAAGCUGCUGUUUUCAUUAUAGUGACCAAGGGUAAGCUCAUAAAAAGACCAAAAAACACCAUAAUAGUAGUUCAUAUGACUCAAAGGCCAUACAACAAUGGCAAGUCAGUAUUUGCUAAAAAUCAAGGCUUUCAUGUGAAUUAAAGAGAGAGUUCACCAAAAAACCUGUGAAUUUCUUUCUUCUGUUGAACAUAAAGAUAUUUUGAAGAAUAUGGGUAACAGUUGCUGGUCCUCACUGACUUCCAUAGUAUAGAAAAAAAUACAAUGGAAGUCAGUGAGAUCCAGAAACUGUUUGGUUACCGACAUUCUUCAAAAUAUCAUCUUUUGUGAAGAAGAAAGAAAUUCGUACAGGUUUGGAAAAACUUGGGGGUGAGUAAAUGAUGACAGAAUUUACAUUUUUUUUGUGAACUAUCCCUUUGACUUUUGCUCUGUUUCUUAGAAAUCAGAAGACUUGGAAUAUAUAACAUAAUUCUUUUUUUAUUGGUGCAUCUUUAAACUAUUCCUUUAAGGUGUAUCCAGAACUAGUUGUCUUCUGCUGUGUUUCUUUUUAAUUUAGGUUUAACUUGCUGGAGCAAGUCCAUCCACCUCCUGAACAAAGUUGUUUUAAACUCCGUUCUCUACCUUCACUUUCCUAUCAUUGUAGGUCAUUUUGAGUGUGCGCUGAACCCACGUCAGGACAUUCGUAGAAUUAGUUCUAUGACGCUGCAGCAAUGCAUUUUGGGUAUGUGAGACCAGAUACUCCCUUUAGUCUCUUUCAUUUUAAGAAAGCUUGAAUUAUUGGUAACAGAGGACAUAUUUUAAUCAUGCAAAGUUAAGUGUUUUCUGAUGUUGUAAGUUGAUUAAAUGCAUUUCACUUGGAUGUAUGGGACCACAGAACUUACUAAACGUGUUGACUAAAUGGGUAAUUGUCAUGUCAGGGUCAUAUUUAACCCAAAAAUCAAGAGAGAUAAACAAUAACAUAAUGGUAGUAUUUUUUUGUUUGACUUUUAUGCUAAUUUAAAUGCAAAUCAUUGUAUUGCAGUGCAUAUAUAUAUAUAUCACCACUGAAAAAUUAAUUGGAAUUAAAUAAGAAUUAAUAAUAGCACCUGUUCAUGCUGAAAUUGUGUUUUCGAUACUGUAAUAUAAAGAAUAAAAUUUAAAAAAUGUACUGCAAUACAAGCAUUGGUAAUUACAUUUUCACUGUUAUAUAAAAGAAAUAAAAUAAAAAAAAUACAUAAAUAAUUUUCAGUGUCACAAUUCAAAACUUAAUGGUCCAAAUAGAUUCAAAAUAUAAUUUAUUAUUUUUAUCUCUUGUUUUUGGGGUGAAAUUUGACCUGAGAAUUUUGGUGUAUUUUUUUAUUUUUUGAGAGAUUCAGCCAUAUGAACUCUAAACGUACACUAUAUUAGUUUCAGUUUGCCAAUCAUGUCUCGCAAAAGCAUUUUUUUAUGACCCUAUUUGACCAUAUCAGGCCAAGCGUAUCUCAUCAGUGUACACAGCGUGCAGUAUGAGUUUUAUUUAAAAAGCCUAACUACAAAAAUAUGAUCAUAUCUCUGUGUGUAUGUGUGUAUGAUUGUGUGUUAGCAGAGUUUUCUGGUUCAUUCUCAAAGCAGUGCAUCUGAUAUGUUUGCCGUUGCCAAUAACCUCUCACCUUUAACCCUUGAGUGACCGUUAUGGUGACCAUCUCGUCUUGGCGACUUCAUAGUGAUGGUACUGUUUGGCUGUGUUCAUGUACGGUCAAUGCAAAUACACACAGUUUAGCCUCCUAAUACCCACUAAUUGUCUUAAUAGUCGACGUCAGACCUCACUCAAGCUGGCAUCCUUUACUGUGCAAGUUACCAAACUAAAAACUGGAAUCGACAAGGCUAAUCAUGUUGGAAAUGCGCCGUUUUGUGUUCGUAUGUAACUUUAAUUGAAUCAAUUUGGGUCAAAAUUCCACUAACCUGUGAUGGAUGAUGUCAUAUCCAGCUUUGCAUGUGAUUGGCUAGAGGUUUCCAAAGGAACUUGACCUCAAAGCACUGAAACAGCCUCUGUUUGUGUCCGAACAGCACCAUUAGCAAUGAGGGCCACGCGUCCGUCUCACUCAAACGAUGCCAUUGGUCGGGAAGGGAAUCGGUCGCCUCGUUCGCUGACCGAAGCACUUCCUCUUAACGUUCCCGGGCCUCUUCCUCUCCCUGUGAUCAUUUUUAUACUGCAGAUAUUUAUUUGGUCACCGUUUAAACUUUGUUGUAUAGUUAAAUGUAAGUAGGAAUCUAUGGGACUAUAACUUAUUGUUUUGUACACAGAUCUGUAAAGAGAGAGUGUAGAUGUAAACACUUUGGAAAGAGGAGUUCAGAACUUUGUGUUGUCAUGGAUGUAUCUUCACAUUUGUUUAAAAAUGAUAAAAAAGGAAAUAAAAGGCAAAGUAUUUUCCUGCA